AGGAGGUAGAUCUGUAAAAUCUAUCCACACACAAAAAGCUAAGAACUGCUCUGGAGGGAGGGCACUCUGCCUUGAAAUAGGGACUGAACAGCCUCACAAGGGCAUGCAGCUGGGGUGCUUGUUGCUGUUUUGUUCCCGGAAAACGAGAACUGCCAGCAAUCCUCUGGCAUCUGAAUAGACUCGUGUCAGACAAACUGUAUCUGGACUUGAUGGGAAACCAAGCUGGAAUACCAAGCAGCCCUUCGAUCUGCUGGCAGAGAGGGGGACUGGCUCAGUAAGUAAUCCUGCCUUGCAGUUGCAAAGGUACUCCAUAAAGGAGUGAGCCCUCUCGCUGCACAGCCCUGCAAGACACGCCUGCCUGGGCUGUCUCUGUCCUCAUUCCUUCAAACCAGUUCCAACAAUAACAGCAACUCCUGCGUGCAACUGCCUCAUUAGAGAGAUGUAUUUUCCCUUUUUCCACUGAGGGAUGAAGCUUCCAAAUCCUUGUGAUGUGAGCAGGUGAGGAUGUCUGCUGACAAGUCCAAAUGAUAUUUUCAGGUGUUCUACUGAUCUUGGCACUAACAGAAGAGCUGGUGUUUUCUGCUCAGGUACUGUCUCCCACUGUCUCCUCCUCUCAGGGCUUCCCAAUGAACACUACAACUAUCACAGCCAUGGGAACAACACCUCACCACAAAGACCACCACACGGCAGAGCCCCUUCCCAUGUCUGCUCAAGCCAUGUCCCACCCCAUCAGCCUGGUGGAGGAAGCCCCUUCCACUGGGCAAGAGCAAGAGAGUGGCCCUCGCAUCGGCGAAAAGGAAACUUACCAUUUGUACAACCAGAGUGCUUUGUACUCAGGACAGUCUCGCCCCAAGGGGAAAAUAUUCCAGGUUUUCAAAGACAACUUCUCAGAGUCAACAGAGCCUUACCUAAAGACGACCCUGCACUCUCCCUUCCCUACCCUGAGGAGCCCUUUCACAGACCACCCAUUUCAGUCCCAGACCACAGCAUCCAGUGAUCCAAAUGGAAUGGGGCUGGCAAGAACUACACACUCAGACCCUUCUCCCCACCGCACCUCGGGAAGCCGUAGGGAAGCAGAGCGAGGGGAUGGGACCGAGGCAGUAGUGCAGGAGGCAGAUUUUGCCACCACAACUGCUGGACCAUCAACUGAUCCUGAAGCAGUGUCGGUGCCUUUUAAGCCCACCCGCUAUGGCGUGUGGGAUAUGCUGAGCAAAAACAACUCUUGGGUAACCUUGAAUCUCAGUACAAAUGUCCCUCUGUUUGCUGGCUCUGGAUCUGCUACAGCAGCAGCUGGUCACUCAGUUCAGACCAGUUUUGAUGUCAGCAUCUCGUCCCCGGCAGCGAGAGACCCUGAGGGGCUCACUCCAACGCAGCACAGCGCGGUGACCAAUGUCACAUCACCGGGCAGUGCUCUCUCCUCAGUGCCUGCCACGAGGUUGUCCAGCUCCACCUCCACAGCUGGCUCCACCGCCACUGGGAACUUCCUGAAUAGACUGGUUCCUGCCGGGACCUGGAAACCAGGUGUGCAAGGAAACAUCUCCCAUGUGACUGAGGGGGACAAACCCCAGCACAGAGCAACCAUCUGUCUCAGCAAGAUGGACAUUGCCUGGAUCAUUCUGGCUAUCAGCGUCCCUAUAUCUUCAUGUUCAGUUCUACUGACAGUCUGCUGCAUGAGAAGGAAGAAGAAGACAUCUAACCCAGAGAACAACCUGAGCUAUUGGAAUAAUGCUAUUACCAUGGACUACUUCAACAGGCAUGCUGUAGAGUUACCAAGAGAGAUCCAGUCACUGGAGACUUCAGAGGACCACCUGUCCGAGCCGCGCUCCCCGGCCAACGGCGACUACCGCGACAGCGGGAUGGUCCUGGUGAACCCCUUCUGUCAGGAAACGCUGUUCGUGGGACACGAGCAAGUCUCUGAAAUAUGACCCCGCAGCUGCCCCCGUACUGCAGCUUCAUCUCUACUGUCUCCAAAUUAUAAAUAAAUAUAUAUAUAUUAUAAAUAUAACCUUUGUGUAACCCUGAAUUACAAGAAAUGUUUUCAGCUUUUCUUUUGUCCCUCACAAUUGUCAGCCCCUUUUUUAUAAGUGUGGUAAAACUUUACAGAACAAACUGUGGCUUUAUAAAAUAAAGGUAUUUCUAAGCAAAACACCUGUCA